ACAACUACAAACGCACUGUGGUCUGUGGGCUGUUGCUGCCUCCAGCCUCCCCCUCAUCAGCUGCUCCAAGCACCGCAUCCUCACCUCCGGCCGACACCGCCGUCGCAAGGUCCCGCAGCAGGGCUCUCUCUCCGCCCACGGCCCACCGCUCCGUCUCCAGCAUGAAGCGCCUGCUCCGGCGCCUCUCCCGCGUGGCCGCGGCCGACGCCUGCGCCGCCGCCGCCGCGUACGAGCCUCUCCGGCCGGACGCCGCGGCGCCCGGGAAGGCGGCCGCGCUCGCGGCCGGCGCGCGGCGGCUGGGCGGCGGCGCGCGCGUGCCGGAGGGCCACGUGCCCGUGUGCGUCGGCGAGGAGGGCGGCCCCGUGGAGCGCUACGCCGUGCGCGCCGAGCUCCUCGGCCGCCCGGCCUUCGCCGCGCUGCUCCGGCGCGCCGCGCAGGAGUACGGGUACGGACACCCCGGCGCGCUCCGCAUCCCCUGCCCCGUCGCCGACUUCCGCGACCUCCUCCUCCAGCUCUCCUCCGCCUGCGCCGCCGCGGACCACCCCGACGACGACGCUGCGGCGCUCUGCUACUACUCCUAGGCUCCGGGUUCGGCUACGGCAUCCCCUGCCCGCCCGCUCGCUCCGACGCCGCCGCCACCGCUCCUCCCCCCGUCCCGCCCCCUCCAGUGCGGCGGAAAGGAAAAAAAAAAGAAACAUUCGCCGCAUUUGCCGCGGAGGGCGUAAUUGAGAUUUGUCCUUGCCCCCUCGGUGAAAACUAAAAAACGGCAGCGCCAAGCGCCGCUCGUCUUCUUACUGAAUUACCCCCCUGCGUGGGACGUACGACUGUGUGUGCCUGUACAUACGGGAGGGUUGACUGUGGUGGCUGGUGGAUCCUAGGAUGGGUGGGGGUACAAAGGGGAUUUUCUCCUGCAGCUCAACCGUUUUAGUGCCUGCUGUCUGGUGGGAAUUUUUUCUUCCUUCUUUGUUGUUGCUCCUGCCGUGAUUUUGGGUCUUCGUCUAGAUCUAGCUCUCCGCAGUCUUGCUCUAGCUCUAGUGGUGGUUGUAUUGAAGUAGUACUAGCUAGUUGUGACUGCUCAGCAGUGAGCACUACCUGCCUUCUGUUUCCCUCUUAGGGCUUUUGAGAUCUUAACAAUACUCCAAUGCCGCAAGGCUAGUGAUCUCGUGACUGAGACCGAGGAAAAAAAUGCCAAAAGUUCUCU